UCAACCUAAACAACCUGAUUUCAAUAUUUCCAAUAAAAAUGAUUUUCCAAAAGUUGAAGUAGUAUUUGAUAUGGAAGAUAUAUGUAUUAAUGAACCAUUAUUAUUAGAUAAUUCAUUUUCAGAAUUAUGUCGUUUAUUAACAAAUAUGAAUAAUGAAAUGCUUUUGAAUAAUUUAGCUAAUAAUGAUUAUUGGAAUUAUGCAAUUGACCAAAAGCUAUUAGAUGGAAAUUAUGCUAUUAAUUGGAAUUCUUUAUUAUCAAAUUAUAAAAAGAUAACUCAUUUAUAUAGGGAAGCAUUAUAUUAUAGAAAAAUGAUAGAACAAGUACCUAAUGAUCCACAAAUGGAUUUUGAAUAUACUGAAAGAUUGCAAGAUACUGAUGAAUUAUUACCUUUUGUAUCCAGAGAUACUAUAGUAAAAACACUUAAUAAAGUAAAAAAGACAUUUAAUUUAAUGUAUCAUGCAUUUAGAUCAGCAACAGAUUUACCACGAGCAAAAGAACUUUAUAUAUUAUGGAAUACAAAUAUUGAUAGAACUUAUACUGAUGAUAAUUUUUUUCAAUAUAAAACAAAAACAUCUCAAUAUUUAGCGAUGUUGUUUGCAGAAUGGAUAAAAUAUAAUGUUGAAUCAGGAACAAAUAAUGAUUUAUUAAAUGAUAUUUCUGAAUCUAUAAUUAGUAGUAGAUGUCAAAGAGAAGAUGAUACAAGAAUUAAACGAUCAAGAGAAGUAAUUCAACCUCAAAUUGUUGUUUUACCAAAAUUGUAUACUUGGAAUCAAAAAACAGAUAAAUAUGAAGUUAUUUUGAAGAAGAAUAGUGAUCUAACUAAACUUUAUCCUAGUAGAAUUUAUGUUCAAAAAUUUAAUAGUAAAAGUUCUACUCCAAUAUAUGAACCA